AUGGCACCAGAGAUCCUAUUAGAAGAUCUAAAGUUCGCUGGUCAGGAGGACCUUAAAAAGGCUGAUAUUUGGGCUUUAGGCCUCAUGAUGUUCUCGAUGAUAAAUCCAAAUCUUUCUAAUCCAUAUCGUGCUGAAUUUGAAGCUUCUGGUGUCCCAUUCUCGGAAAAGGCUUUGAGAAAUACCUUGAGACAGCAGAAGCUACCCCGUCCUGACGUCAAAUACGAGUCUUUCCGGACAACUCAGUGGUGGCAAAUUGACGACGUCUUCAAAUUAUGCACACAAUUUGACCCAGAAUCAAGACCGACUGCCGCUGAAGUUCUUAGGCUCCUAGAUACUAAUCAACCGGAGGCAUCUCUACGUUUGAUGAAUUUGUCUGUGAAUCAGAGCUCUGCCCAGACACCACAGGAUGACGGUACCAACUGCUGUGCGUUCCUUGCCCUAACCAUUUGCGACAGAUUCUUGAACGAGGUAAAAUUAGACGCGAAUAAUAAUAAUAAUAAUAAUAAUAAUAAUAAUAAUAAUAAUAAUAAUAAUACUAUUUUUUUUUUUAAAAAUAAUUAUUUUAUUCUCAACUCUAUAAAAUGCUUACAAUUAAAUAAUAAUAAUAAUAGUAAUAAUAAUAUUAAAUAUGUUUAUUUCUCACAUUCUCGCAGCUCACUGAUUCAGAAUUAAAAUGUUGUUACAAUACAAAAUAUAUAGAAAAUUCCAAUUUUGAGGGGGACUGGGUUUACAAUAAUUGAUUAGAAAAGUUAAACACUACUGCUUAUUAUAAUUUACAAGGAAUAUGGGGAAAAAGCUGGAUCGCGGUCUUUCAGUUCUACAUUUGGUUAAUGUAAGUUAGUUUGUUAAUCGAAUAUCGGUUCACAACUGUAUCCAUUCAUUCAUUCAUUCAUUCAUUCAUUCAUUCAUUCAAUAUGCAUCUGUAUAAUUCUCCAGUUAAUAUAAUUAUUAUUACUUUAAGGUUAACGAGAAAAGCGAUGUUCAGUGGGAUGACGUCAAACAAAUCGCUGAGGACACUAUCAUUAAUCUACCAAGGAUGAUCAACGAACACCGAAAAUUUGAUCAGUAUUAUGACGUGUCUGAAGCAAAACUAAAACUGAAGGAACUUAAGAUCUUGUCUUCCGACUAUGAACUAUCAGAAGAGUGCAUCUCGUCAAACACCGUGUUUUCAGAUAAUGGCAGAACCGAGCUGAUCAAUGCACUAACACAGAAGCUAGAUCAGAGUGAAAGCGCCGUUGCCAUUUACACAUGUCACCCUUACAUAUUCUCAGUGGGAAAGCACAAAGAUGCUCUGUUCUUGGUUGACACUCAUCCUGUUUCUGAAGAUCUUGGAGGGAACUGCAAUGGUCUUUUGUUAGUGACACCAGACUGCAGUCCUCGAUCCUGUAAACUACUUGUCCAAUGGAUUCUGAACCGACUACUCAAAGCGGGGGCAUCGGAAAAGGAACUUCAGAGUUUGGCUUGGCUAACACCAAUUUCAGGUUAGACAUUUAAACUUUGUUUAAAAAACUGCUUUACAAUGAGGAUGUUUGGGUUGGGUAAAAAUUGCACAAUAACCUGCUGAUUGUAAUAUAGUGCAACCCGACAUUCAGAAUACUAUUGCAAGCAAUGGUGCAUCUUGAGAAGUGGCCUAAACGGGCCGCAAUCUGGAUCCGCCAUUGAUUAAAGAUAGAUUCUUUAUAAUUAAAACUAAUAGGUCGAGUUGCUUAAAAUUAGAAGAUAUUGCGCACGAUCGAGCACGAUCGAGUAGGAAAACCGUUUUAUUAUUCAACUAAUUGCCAAACAGGCCUAUUUCAGAGCUAGAGAAAGUGAGGUUAUCGCGGCUUUGCAAGAUUUCGAGCGAGUCGUAGUAACCUAAUGUACAAAUAUCUAAGUAUUUCUCUUCGGUAUGUCUGUAUUACCGUAACAAAGCAAAGCUUUUAUUGGAUUCAAAAUUGAAAAUUAUAUUUUUUUUAGCGAUAAACCACUGACAAAAAAACAAAAAAACGGAAACAUACAUUUCUUUUUGAAGGAACUGGAGAUCACCCUCUAGGAACGAAAAUGUCGAAACAAGGAAGAAAACAAGUGACAGAUGACCAACAUGAAUUUGCUGCUGUUAACAAUGGAGAUGCCGAUGUUACAGUUUGUGGCCAAAAUGUUGACAAUGAGGAGCGCGGCACUAUCGUGAUUGAUCUUGAAGCAACAAGCGAUGAGGAACCUUUGCCUACAGUAAGUGCACAGACUGAAAAAGGGAAAAAGCUCUCGCAGUAUCAGCACAAUAAUAAAGGCAGAAUCAUUAAAAUACUACGUAGACAAUGAUUGUAAAUUACCGCAUCCAGUGCGUUUCUUCUCUUAUAACGUCUUAUACACUAAACAGACAUCGCUAACAAAGUUUAAUGACACCGAACCAAAGCAUGCAGUUUCGAUUUUUUUUCGGCAAGUUAACGUUUUAACAAGUUUGACUGCCUAUGUUCUAUAAUUAUCAAAUGUUCUAUUGAGUUAGAUAUUCCAAGGAGUUACCAAACGCAAUCACAGAUAAUCUAUUGAGUUAUCGAACACAAUCGAACGUUAAGUGUUUGAUUGUAUAUACCUAAGGACAACCUAAUAAAUGUGGUUUGUUUAAUUUCAGAAAGUAAAACAUAUUUAUCCAAAAGGAGACAUUGGAGGUGUAGACAAGUCAUCUGAGAGUACGCGUAAAGGUACAGUGUAUAUCCAAAUUUAAAUUGUUUUAAAUAAUCAAAUAUAAGGUACACAUUGUUUUUCACCCUUUCUACAAACAACCUGCGCACCUGGGCGUAAGUGAACUUGGUGGUUAACCUUUGUGGACUCCUAUGUCUACCUCUGAAGACAUUCUCCUUGAAUCUCUCGAAAGCGUGGAUGAAUGUACUAUGAUGUUGAGUUUCCAAGAACCUAGAUUUUUUAAUUUUACUAGACAACAAAAUCGUAGAAAUGUGGAUCAUUCUACGCUCAUUAUAUACCCGCGCCAACUUUGGGAAAAGGAGUGAAGUAGUAAUUUUUUUCUAAUUUUCGUUCUUUUCUGCAUACAUGCAUGUAUUCAUACAUAUGUUGGUGGCUUGCCUGUAUUUUAUUUUUAUUUAAAAUUGUAAUAAUACAGUAUAUAACUUUUUAUUGUAAUUUUCAGGUACUGAAGAAGUACCCAUGAAUGUGAGAGAAACGAAAGUGACGAGGAGGAGUUGCCUCUUGGCCCUAUCGCGGACAUAAAAUUCUAUGACGGAGACCAACGUCUACCAGUCUACAAGUGGGGCCUAACCAAAGGGAUGAAUACUGAUGAUGCGGCUGAAAUUCUUUUAAAACCCUUUGCUGAUCGCACAUUAAUGGCGACGCGUGUCCCAACAAAUAUAUCUAAAAACACUGUCUUUGUUGUGGACACGUCGAAUCUGUCAAAUAAAGCUGAUGUAAAGUGCGACGACCUUGGCGCUUGGUUGUGUACAGGCUCAAAGAAGUUUCCGUAUUCCACAGACAACUCUGGAAUUUGUCACAGAUUAGAGGACAAAGAUGACUGCCCACCUGACCACGUGUUGCAUAUAGUGCAACGCCAGUUUUUCACUAAUAAAAGCUUACCCUCCUUGCGAAAGUCGAUAAUCUCUGCACAUCGGGCUACAUCAACAUCGCCUCACGAUUUGGCAAUUGUUCAAUAUAUGUUUACAGACGGCGAACAAGAAGUCAACAUCAAGAGCCAUGGGAACUCUAAAGGAUCAACACCACGUCCUUUUAAAAGAACCAUGCAGAGCACCCGAGAAUUUGUGCAAGACAAGUUAAAAGAACAUCCCCCUCGUCGAGUCAUUCACUCGGUUGUCGAAGAACGAGGGGGAAUCAUGCAAGUCGAGUCUGCAGGCGAAUUUCCAAGAAACAGGGAUCAGGUGUACAACAUCAACAGACAAGCGAAGCGCCAGAAGGUUGAUGUACCCCUUUCCACUGGCGAUCCCCUUCUACAGGUGUUGGCAAAGGCGAAGGAAGAACAGCAAGGAUUGAGAGAAAACCUCUUUAUCAGAGAAAUCCCCUUGUUCCCAGAGCCGAUAGUUUUUUCUCGCCACCGACCAGCAGUUAACUGA